AUGAAUAAGAGUUUGCCAGUAAGUCCGAAGGUGAAGUCUAGGCAACCUGCUGGAAAGGGAGGGGAGUUACUUGAGGGGUCCUUUGUUCAUUCCUUUAUUCAGCAAGGCUUCCCCAAGCCGUUUCCUGUGGGGUCCUGGGGUACAGGAGCAGCCCACCCAGCCAAGUGGACCAGGCAGGUCUGGGCGUGGAUGGUGCUGAUUGAUGCAGGGUGGUCAGGGCUGCGGUGGGGCUGCCCAUGGUGGGAGGGGUCCACACCACCUGCUCCCAGCUACUCUCUGGCCUCAAGCACUGUGCCGGCUCCUCAGCCCACCCCCGUCACCCAGGCCAGCAAGCAUCCCGCCUGCAAGGAGGGGAGCAGGCAGACAGUGGCCGAGCCAGGGGUCUGCUUGGGGCUGGAGCCCUGCCCCCGCCCAGCCUGGUGAUGGUGGCAUUUGUACCGUGCCCCCGGCAUGGCAGCGGCCGAGGUGCCCAGCUACCUCGUGUCCCCGCAGACGGAGAAGCACCGGCGGGCCCGCAACUGGACGGACGCGGAGAUGCGCGGCCUCAUGCUCGUCUGGGAGGAGUUCUUCGACGAGCUGAAGCAGACCAAGCGCAAUGCCAAGGUGUACGAGAAGAUGGCCAGCAAGCUGCUGGAGAUGACCGGUGAGCGCCGGCUGGGCGAGGAGAUCAAGAUCAAGAUCACCAACAUGACCUUCCAGUACAGGAAAUUAAAAUGCAUGACAGAUAGCGAGUCCGUCCCGCCCGACUGGCCCUAUUACCUAGCCAUUGAUAGGAUUCUGGCCAAGGUCCCCGAGUCCUGUGAUGGCAAACUGCCGGACGGCCAGCAGCCGGGGCCCUCCACGUCCCAGACCGAGGCGUCCCUGUCGCCGUCUGCUAAGUCCACCCCUCUGUACUUACCGUAUAACCAGUGCUCCUACGAAGGCCGCUUCCAGGACGAUGGCUCCGCCAGCUCCUCCAGCUUACUAUCCCUUAAGUUCAGGUCGGACGAGCGGCCCGUGAAGAAGCGCAAGGGACAGGGCGGCCACUUGCAGAGGAAGAAGCUGCGGCUGCUGGAGACGAUGCUGGAGGAGCAGCGCCGGCUGAGCCGCGCCCUGGAGGAGACGUGCCGCGAGGUGCGCCGCGGGCUGGACCAGCACAGCCUCCUGCAGGCGCAGGGCCUGCAGCUGCAGGAGCGCGCGAUGAGCCUGCUGGAGAAGAUCAUCGCCAAGCCCGGGGUCUAG